UCUUCUCCUCAUCUAUCGAUCCUUCCCGCUUUUCCAAGAUCCCCAAUUUUUUAUUUGUGAAUUUGUUAUUUUAUAUCUCAGUUUAUUAUUUCAGUAUUUUUUUGGUAAUCUGUGCAUGUUUUGGUUGAUUUCAAUUCGCAGUCUGGUUCUGAUUUUGUGUGUUUAUUUAUUGGAAUAAUUUGAUGAUUGUUUGGUUCUCGACUUUUUGCUCUUUUCUGCGGGGAUGGUUCCUCUAUCUGCUUCUGAACUUUGGAUUUUUAUUCAUUUUUAUCAUCUGUGUGACGCGGAAUGGUGAUGUCGAUAGUGGAUAGGGCUUUUAGGGUUUGAUGUGCGACUUGGAGAACGAGGUCAAGUUGUGUGUGUGGAACAUCUUGAUAGGGUUUUUGUCCUUUUUUGGUAAUUUGUUUAUUUACUUAUAAUCUCCUUAAUUUGUAGCAAAUUUUUAAUCUCAACAGUAUUUAGGGAUGGGAAUGCGGGAGAUGCAAAGUGGAAAAUGAAGUUACUAUGAAAUUUCCGUUGCAUGUCAAGUAAAUUAAACGCCGCUUCUCUUUUGGCUGUUUGAUUACGUUAGAAAGAUGGGAAAAGAAACGGGUUUAAGCUACUAGGGUUUUAACUAUUUGGGGCUCUAUCAAAUGAAACGUACCUUUAGCUGUAGGAAAUAUGACCUUUAUUGCUUGACAUGAUAUAGGUGUGCUUUUCAUUUCUUGGUAGACAGAAAGUUAAACCGUAAAGAUUUACUGUUUUCUUUUUGGCUCUUUUAGUGAUUUGGUAUCCAAACUGAACGUCUGGGUUUAUUGGAAUGGAGAAACGGUAUGUUUUACUCCUUGUGGUCGUCGGUGUAUUAGUUAAACUAAUGACGAUACUGGAUAAUGGUUUGUUUCUUUUGUGAUGGGUUUAUGCCUUAUUCCUUGUUAAUAUUUUAUUUUAUGUUCUCUUGUCCAUCAUUUUAGGACAACCAACCUUCUCCACUGUCAGUGGAUCUCACUUCAAGAAUUUACCACUCCCUAACCUUUUAAUCAUCUCAAGAAACAACCCAUUUAUUAUAGUUUCCUGAAGGCACACCAAGUGAGGCCUCUGUUAUCUGAUCAAAGAUUAAACUGCCUUCCUUUGCCUGUUAUUAAUCAGCCUCUUAACAUUCCAAAAAACUAUUUUAAGCUUCAUUAAUCCACAUGAACAAGAGACCAAUCAAUAACCUGAUCCAGCCUUGCUACCUUAUCCAAAAGGAGGGGUUCUCUCGAUCGCCUUUCCUAACUUUUAUAACCAUCCUAGCUUAUAUACUUUGUCUUUGAUAAAUUGGUAAGCUUAUCAGGCUGUAUUUUGCAAUGUGGGCCUUCUCUUGAGAACAUAUAGGAUGUGCUUACUUCUCUUUUCUUCUUCACUAUCUUUCAGGAAUUUUUCUGUUCUAGCUUAUUAAAGUAUAGCUGAAGAUAUUGUUUCAUUUAAAGAACCUUAUAUGUAUGGUAUGCAUCUGAAGACAUCAUUGUUUGGUAUGCAUCUGAAGACAUCAUAGUUUACUCUGUUGGUGAUAUUUAAUAUACUUUUAUUAUGUCAAGUGUAAUGGAGUUGGUAUGAAAACAAAUUCAGAGCUGGUUCAUUUGGAGCUGAGUUGACAUGAGUAGGCUAUCAUUCAGGCCUCGUCCUCUUGAUAUUCACAAGAAGCUCCCAAUUGUAAAAUCUGUCAAGGACUUCGAAGAUGAAGAUAGCCUAACUUCCACACGAAAUUCACAGAUACUGCGCCUUGCUGCAGAGGCUGAUAAUGAGGUGCAUCAGGUUCCUAGCAAGAAAUUGGCUCCUGAGAUACCUACUCCACAGUUUGUUGUUGUUGAUACAUAUGAAAGAGAUUAUUCCCGCACUUUUUGUCAACCAACAUCAUAUUUACGUGGAAGGGGAGCUCGGGCUGAGAUUGGUGAGUUUGUUGAGUAUGACUUGGACAAUGAGGAUGAAGAUUGGCUUCAUGAGGUCAACAAUGAAAGAAAGAUUCUUGCACCAGAAAAGUUUGAGUGUCUAAUUUUCAAAUUGGAAGUAUUGGAUCAUAAAGCUCGAGAAAGAGCAGGGAUUAUAACACCUACACUUGGUUCACCAAUUCCUGUACUUUUACAGCUUGAUGCUGCUACUGAGGCCAUACAAGCCCAGUCCAUAAGAUUUGCAGUUUUCCAGUCGGUUUAUAAUUACUGGAGAGAAAAGCGUGAACGGUGGCAGAAGCCUAUUUUGCGGCGAUUGCAGCCUCCUCCACCAGUUAAUGAUACCAACCCGUACAAUGUGUUUAGGCCAAGGGAAAAAGCUCACAGACUUCAUACAAGAAGGAUGCAAAGGAGGGAAAACAAUGUGCAGUCAUUCGAAAAGCUUCGCCAGGUCAGGCGCAACCUAGACCAAGCCAAGACCAUAUUGGAGGCUUUGAUUAAGAGAGAGGAGAAAAAGAGAGAUGUCAUGGAGAGUGAAGUUAGCCUUCAAAGGAUUCAAAUAAAGUAUAAGCAUGAAACUGAGCUUCUUGAUGAUAGCUUGGCACUCCCUGGAUUUCCAACCUUCCCUUGUAAAAUUGGUUCAAGUGAGGAAGAAUUUGUGGACUCAGAUGACGUUGCAAACAGCCGUCCACAUAUACGACCUACGGUAGGACAAAAUCCAUCUUUGGUGGACUCCAAGCUGGUGAUGAUUUCUGGAGGAAACCUGAGACGGGAGUUGAGGCGGCAGCAUGUGCCCCAGGGGUGGCUUAAUAAAAUGGAUCCACUUGAGCCUGCUUUGUUGUUCACAAGACCUCUAGAUCCAGAAAAGUUGGCAGCUGCUGGCAUAGUACCGCCAUCUGAUGAUUCUUCAAUUAAGCAUAGUCCAUCUUCACCGCACUUUAGCUUAAGUGGAAGGAUUGGGCGUGGAGGGCGAAUAGUAUUUGACAGAUGGAAUCCACUUUUGCUUACUCCAAUCGAAUGGGGAAACCCUUUUUAUAUGCCACCAAAACCCAGGCCUUCAACACAUAAUUGAGAGAUUCAGUUGGCCUCUUUUGGAUCAUGUGCUUGACCUGAGGCAAGGUGAAGCCAAUGCAAGGAGAUUCGAUUCCAUCCUUAACGGGAUCCUAAAGGUUGAGAGAAAUUUUGGAGUAGGUGCAUUUUUGUUAGACCCAGAUUUUGUAAAUGGGUCACACCUUGUCCAUCAGCUGAUUUGAAGAGAGAGAAUGUGUCUGCCCCUCUUCUCAUCUGCUCAUUAUAUGAUUGUGCUCCCAUUCUCUCUCUCUCUCUCCUUUGUAUCACACACAUGGUAUAAUAUAGAUAGUUUUAGGUGCUACCUCUCUUUCGCUCUCUCCCUAUUACUCGCACGGUAUGAUAUAGAGAAAUUCUCUAAUUUACUGUUCCGUGCUACCUCUCUACCUGUUUUUCACACACGUAAUGGUAUUCCAUAUGAACACAUUGUCUGUUAUUU